GGGACGAGUGUCAACCCGUAUUCUUCAAACCUUCUUUCGACGUUUUGACAGAGUUAACAGUGCUUGACGGUUUCAUUAAUUCCGAUCAAUUCUGAUGCUGUAAACGACCAAUCUGAUCCUCAAUUGCUCUAACGUACUUCCAGAAAUUUUGUGCAUGAAGGUCUCAGGGAUACGACACAGAUGUGAGGACCCAACUGUAUGUAUAUAGAAAUGGAUGAUCUUGAGCAACAAUGUGAAGAUGUGGUAUUUGAGUUGUGUGACGCUAGAGAGAGGUAUCCACUACUGUGUGCAAAGGAGCUUGAGAAGUGUAUCAAGCUCACCAAUGAAAUACAUAUGACGAAGGUUCUUGUAAAGCCAGUAAAAAUUCUGAAUGUUCCAUCUUUCUCAAAUGAGCACUCAGCAAUGCUUAAAAAAAAUUGCUUGGAGAUUACUGAAUUACUGAAGACGCAAGAACAUAAAUUGCAAGUGAUGAUAGAUAAAAUUAAUAAUUUGACAAUAAGAGAACAACGAUAUACUGAAUGUAUUAAAGUCUUGUUAAACCUUUUAGAUUCUCAUCCUAACUCUAGACCUUGUUUAUCCCUUUUGGCCCAUUGUUACUUUUACACACAAGAUUUCAUGGCCGCAGCUCAAUGUUAUGAGAAGCUGGUUCAACUGUGCCCACAAGAGAAUCUGUAUAAGCUCUAUUACGCCCAGUCCUUGCAUCAAGCUUGCAUGUACCCAGAAGCAUGGACGAUUUGUUCGAGCAUUAUCAAUCAAAGUAACUUGGAAUUCAAGGUAAAGAAGCUGCAGGCAGCUAUAAAGUACGGACAGGAAGACAUGGUAGCUGCGAAAAAUCUCGUGGAUCAAUGUCCUGCCGACGACAUUGAUACUGAAAUCAAUUUGGGAUGUCUCUUGUAUAAGGAGGAGAAGUACGAACAGGCCCUCAAAAAAUUUGCGAAUGCGUUACAAAUUGCAGGAUUCAAGCCUCACUUAUCGUAUAAUGUUGCUCUUUGUUACUUCAAAUUGAAAGAGUAUGCAGCAUCCCUAAAACAUAUUGCCACUAUUAUCGAGUACGGUAUAAGGGAGCAUCCAGAGUUGAGCGUAGGGAUGGCUACCGAGGGUAUUGAAGUUCGAAGUGUCGGGAAUACGUUGACGCUGCACGAGACAGCUCUGACGGAGGCGUUCAAUCUGAAAGCCGCUAUCGAGUACCAAUUGCAAAAUUAUGACGCAGCGAAGGAGGCGUUAACGGACAUGCCACCGCGUUCCGAGGAGGAGCUCGACGCCGUUACUUUACACAAUCAGGCGUUAAUAAACAUGGACACAAAACCGAGUGAAGGAUUCGAGAAACUGCAGUUUCUGCUGCAGCAAAACCCGUUCCCACCCGAGACCUUCGCCAACUUGCUACUCCUGUAUUGUAAAUAUCAGUAUUAUGAUCUAGCCGCCGACGUCCUGGCUGAAAAUGUACAUUUGACUUACAAGUAUCUAACAUCAUAUUUAUACGACUUCUUGGACGCGCUAAUAACGCAACAAACUUCGCCGGAGGAGGCAUAUCGCAAAUUCGAUGAUCUUGCUAACAAACAUACGGAAGCGCUUCGCAAAGCGACUAAGCAGGUCCAGGAGGCGAGACUGAAUCAUGAUGAUAAUGCCGUGAAGAAGGCUGUGAACGAUUAUGAGGAGGCCCUCGACAGAUACGUUCCCGUAUUAAUGGCGCAGGCGAAGAUCUACUGGGACCUGGAGAAUUACACUCAAGUGGAGAAGAUCUUCAAGAAUAAAUUUAAAGAUUCAACGCGCUUCUAUGAACCGAUCGUCAAGAAGAAAUAUGAUAGUAUCCUGGACGUGAGCGCUAUAGUUCUUGCAAACCUCUGCGUUAGCUACAUCAUGACCUCGCAAAACGCAGAGGCCGAAGAGUUGAUGAAGAAGAUUGAGAAAGAGGAAGAGGCAGUGUCGUUUGAAGAUCAGGAUAGGAAACUCUUUCAUUUGUGCAUCGUGAAUCUGGUGAUCGGGACGCUGUACUGCUCCAAGGGUAAUUACGAGUUCGGCAUAUCGCGGGUGAUGAAGAGCUUGGAGCCCUACAAUAAGAAACUCGGCACUGACACUUGGUUCUAUGCGAAAAGAUGCUUUUUAUCGCUCGUAGAGCAAUUGGCGAAACAGUUAGUGGUCCUGAAAGAUUCCACAUUGCAGGAAUGUAUUCAAUUUUUGGAGCAUUGCGAAGUUUAUGGCAAGGACAUAAUGACGGUGAUCGACCAGCCGUUUGACAUACAGGACAUGCUGAACAUUUCACCUCAAGGCAAACGGACGGUCGUUUACGAGGCGCGAUACCUCAAGGCAUUAUUCUUAAAGUUGAAAAUGUCUUAGAUUUAUAAUUAGAUGCAUAAAGAAAAG